GAUCUGUGGUUGCCUAUUUUACGUCCGCAAAGUUUCUUCUUUAUCUCGGGCAUGCACUGUCCACCUGGGGAGACCGUAUGUGGCAUUUUGCUGUGUCUGUGUUCCUGGUUGAACUUUAUGGAAACAGCUUGCUCCUGACUGCAGUGUAUGGACUGGUUGUGGCGGGGGGGGUUAAUCUCCUGGGAGCCAUUAUUGGAGACUGGGUGGACAAGAACUCCAGGCUCAAAGUGGCCCAGACAUCCUUGGUUGUACAGAAUUCAUCUGUCAUCCUGUGUGGUAUUAUCCUGAUGGUUAUCUUCUUGUUUAAGACGCAGCUUUUGACCUUAUACCAUGGAUGGCUUCUUACGAUCUGCUAUAUCCUGGUUAUCACAAUAGCAAAUAUUGCUAAUUUGGCCAGCACUGCCACAGCGAUCACAAUUCAGAGGGACUGGAUUGUUGUGGUUGCAGGGGAAGACAGAAGCAAACUGGCAGAUAUGAAUGCCACAGUAAGAAGAAUUGAUCAGUUGACCAAUAUCUUGGCCCCAAUGGCAGUUGGUCAGAUAAUGACAUUUGGCUCCCCGAUGAUUGGCUGUGGAUUCAUUUCUGGCUGGAACCUGAUGUCAAUGUGUGUGGAAUAUCUGCUGCUCUGGAAGGUUUAUCAGAAAACCCCUACUCUGGCUCUCAAGUCUGUGAAAGCUGAAGAAUCCGAACUGAAACAGCUGAACGUAAUUAAAGAGUGUGAGGGGAGGCCUGGAGAAGGGGUGCAGCUGGUGGCUGAGAAGGAC